CCUCACCAUUCUCCACCACUCGGCCUGUCUGCACGCUCGCAAUCUCGUUUCGGCUCUGCAUCUCUCGCACGCCUCCAUCACACUUUCUGUUUCUCCGCACUCUGCAUCGACCCCGGAUCGCUGCUGUCGCUCUGGCGCGGCGGCAUCUGCGCACAGAGCCAGCCAGAGCGCCAUGUCCUCCUCGCCUGACGCAAAGCACACGCAGCAGGGAGGUCCGAUAGCUCGGCUGCAGGCGCACUUCGACCUACCGUCGCCGCCGAUACUGCGCCCGCUGCCGCUGCGCUCCCUGCUGUGGGCCACGCGGCUGCAGCUGCUCCCGCUUGACUUUGCCCAGUGGCCAGCUGCACGGCGAGCGCUGCGCCAGAAGUAUCGCGCCAGCCGUCGGAAUGCCCUGCGCGCUCCAGAUGGCAGCCUGCCGCCAGAGCUGGACGAGGAGGGCGGCGUGAGGCGGGAUGUGGACUUGGGGCGCAACAACCCGCUCGGGCUCGACAACGAUAACCCUUGGCAGACGCACUUUGCCUCGCUCUCGACGCUGACGCAGAUCGAGGCGGAUGUCUCGCGCACCUUCCCCGACGAGCCGCUCUUCCGUGUGCCCGCCGUCCAGUCCGGCCUGGCGCGCCUGCUCUUCGUCUACUGCUGUGCCUCGGGGCCAGGCGCUGCGAGCGGCUACCGGCAGGGCAUGCACGAGCUUGCCGGGCUGUGCUGGCUGGUGCGGCAUCGCGACGCGGUCGGCGGCAGCAGAGCAGGCAUGCCGGCGGGCCUGGAGAACGAGCUCGGCGAGGACACGGUGGAGGACGAUGCGUAUGCGCUGUUCGACGCAGUCAUGCGGCGAGCAGGCAAGUGGUACGAGUGGCGGGAGGAGUCAGAUCGUGCGACAGCGCCAACGCCGACAUCACAGACGCCAAUCAUGGCAGCCUGUGCGCAGGUGCGCGACAUCCUCCGCGCCCAUGACCCGACCCUUGCGGCGCACCUCGAUGCGCUGGGCAUCGAGCCGCAGCUGUACGUCCUGCGCUGGAUCCGGUUGCUGUUCACACGCGAGCUGCCUCUGGAGGACUCGCUGGUGAUGUGGGACACGCUCUUCGGCGCCGAUGCCAAGCUCGACCUAGUGCCCUACGUCUGCGUCGCGAUGCUGCUGCGCAUCCGUGCGCCACUCCUGCUCUCCGACUACGCGGGCUGCUUCUCUCACCUACUUCGCUUCCCGUCGGCUUGCGAAGCGGCACGGGAGCCGGCUGCGCAGGAAGAAUCGACAAAGGGCCUGGCGCCUGCUCUGCUCGUGCAGCAAGCUUGUGCACUGCGCGACGAGCCCACAGGAGCCGCGGCUCGAUUGGCUCAAGAGAACGAGGCCAUUCUGGGCCUUGCUGUCAAAGUCUCACCAGCGCUCAUCGCCUCAAACGCGCCGUCAUCGAGCCGGCCAAAGCGCCAGCAGACACCUCGUACGAUCGCGACUGGACGGCCAUCUGGGCAGCGCAGUGGACUCGCUUCCGCAGGUCUUGGACCGCCUGGCAGCAGUUCUCCGGACAUCGCGGGCGAGCCGCAGUCGUCGUACCUGCCCGAGGGCAUCACCGACCUCGCGCGAGGCAUCUACUCUCGCGCCGAUGCCUUCGGCGUCAAUCGCGCGCUCGUCAACGCCAUGGGCAAUGUGCAGCGCACAGUCGGCGCGUAUGCUGCAGCCGGCUUCGCCGGGCCUGGCCGCUCUGCAACGGCGAACGAUGGGUUUCCGCCUGCGCUAGAGCGCGUGCCGAGGGCCUCAGCCUCGCUCAACGGUGUAGCUCGCCCGUCAGUGGCGCCCCAAGAUCCUGCACGCGAGCUGGCCGCGCUCAAGGCCAGCAAUGCGGCGAUGGGUGCCGCCGUCGCCGCCUGCGUGGAUGUCUUUGAGCGGCAAUGGGUCACGAUGGGCACACCAAGCGGCGGCGCUGCUCCACAGGCCGAAGAGCAGCUAACCGGCGCACAGGUCGGCGUGCUGAUGAGCCUCACGGCGCUCAAGCACACCCGGGACGUGCUCCUCGGCAUCGCGCCCGAGUUCGACUCGGCCACGGUCCACGUGCCGCAGCUCCGCGAGGCGAUUCCUCAGGCACUCCCAUCGCCUCCAGCUUCGAGAAUUGUCCCAGCUCAAGUGCAGCCUCGGUCGCCAGAAGCAGUGCAGCCCGCCUCCGCGCCGGCACAUGGCGGCGCGCGGCAAGCUCAGCCGCCGUAUCAGCCUCGCGUCGCUCGUGGCCCGGCCGCUGCCGAUCCCCUAGCUCAGGCAUCGCCUGGCUCGUUCUCACAUGCGCGGCCGUCACCGCCGCCACGAACGCAGCUCAGCGGCAGCGCACCGGCAGCUGUCGAUUCUUCGUCUGCGCCUUCAGCGAAGACCUCGCCAGUCACGAGCACGACGCACAAUGCGCGCGCCUUUGCUCGCUCGCCAGACUCCACGAUGCCUCCGCAGCUUCCUGCCUCGUCUGCGAGUGCACACGUGGCUGAGCUCCCGUCUGCUCCACCAAUACGUCCGUCAAACCUGCAGCCGUCGUCGCAGCGCUCGGUCUCGCCCAGCGAUCCGCUCAGUCCGCCGCUUCGCAGCGCCACAUUCGACUCGCGGCGCCUCAGCCGUCCUGGUCUGAGCUGCAACACGUUCUCCGAGGCGCCCGUAGAGCGCAGCGCACCGGCACCGCAGCCGCCGAGGCAGGCGACCGCACCAGCGCAGCCACCGCCGACGCGCGUAUCUGUCGUGCACUCGCCGCUGGACCCUCUGAGCCAAUUCGUGAGCCCACGCCAUGAGCAGCACGGUGCAGCGCCCACUACGAGCCUGCGGAGCGGGUCUUUGCCAGGCAGCGAUCCGCUCGGCGCCAGCUGACAUCCUGCGCGCUUGCAAAUGCAUCCUCAUGCACUGCAGACCUGGUGACGCCUGAGUAGCAAAGCGUUC